AUGCUCAAUCAACACCUGCCCGGGAAUGUCGCGUUCCAAGUCGGUGUACAUCAUGACAAGGGACAGCGGCGGACUAUGGAAGACGCUUACUCUUUCGUAGUUGAUUUUGCCCGUGUACGCGGUCAAGGGUAUUUUGCUGUUUUUGACGGACAUGCGGGCAAGUAUGCUGCGGAAUGGUGUGGACGACAUUUUCAUGAGCACCUAAUUGAGCAAUUGCGCGAGCAUCCCGAACUGCCGAUUCCCGAUGUGCUCAAUUGUACUUUCCACGCUGUCGACUCGUCGCUGUCUGCUCUUGCUGCAUCCAAUGAAAAGAUGCAUUCUGGUUGUACAGCUGUCUCGGCGUUCUUGCGCAUUGAAGACGCAAAUGGAAAACAGUCGUUCAUUGAAGGACUUGACAUUGGCGGAACAACUUCACAUGAUCGUGAUCGGACAGUUGUUGCUUCUCCGGCUCAAGAGGCGGUACCAUACCCAACACCUGAAAAUUCGCAACAAGAUCCGCCAUCUCCACGGUCAGACAGUCCGGAAGCCAUAACGCCUCCACCAGAUGCACAACUCAGGCGUGUAUUGUACACUGCGAAUGCGGGUGACGCACGUGCUGUGUUAUGCCGUGGCGGCAAGGCGGUCCGUUUAACAUAUGACCAUAAGGGCAGUGAUAAACAAGAGGCGAAACGGAUUUUGGACGCAGGCGGACUUGUAAUUAGUGGACGCGUCAACGGCAUUCUUGCGGUGACUCGGUCUCUUGGCGAUUCUUCUAUGAAGGACUUCGUUGUUGGAGCCCCCUAUACUACGGAAACCGAGCUUGGCGACGAUGAUGAUUUUUUAAUCCUUGCUUGUGACGGGGUCUGGGACGUUACCUCUGACCAAGAAGCCGUCGAUAUGGUCCGAAAUGUAACGGACCCUCAACAAGCGAGCAGCAUACUUGUUCAACAUGCAUUAAAGGAAUCAACAGAUAACAUCACUGCAAUCGUUGUACGAUUCCCGUCCACGCAUAUUCCGCUUUCCUAG